UAUAUAUAUAUAUAUAUAUAUAUAUAUUACUACUACCUAUGAAAGAGCAAACGUAUCCUAUUAGCGAUUUAGAGAUCGUAUUGUUUUGCCCGUGUGCCCUUAAAAGAACGAAAUCUCAUCCAUCGUAACGACGUUGGCCUUUGAAUCGCGUGCCAAACGGAUGGCGAUAAAUCCAACCGGUCGAGAGAAACGAAUACGUGAGCGCACAUGUCUCUCGAGAGUAAUUCAUCGGGAACGGUGAUCGCUCCAUGUUUAUCCUAAGAGACAUACACUACAAUGUAGUGGUGUGUUCAUUCUGCCUUAAUGUGAGAUUCUUUUUGUCCCACCUUAAAAAAAAAUUCUUCGAUACGUUACAUAACACGAAGGAAAGAGAACGAUUUAAAUUGUCGAGUCGAUUCGAUUUAAUUUUUCGAAUACUCUUAAAUUUUAACUCGUCUUUUAUUUUAUUUGAUCAUCUAUUUAUUGUAAAUUAAAUAAUUCUCGUGUAUUUUAUCGCUUGUGAACUCUCUUUGUGAUUUAUCAAAAAUUUAAGAGUAUAUUCUUUGUUUGGAAAAUGGAAAAAAAAAAUUAGAAAUUGGAAUUAUCAAUAUAAUUUAAUUCAAAACUUGAAAAAUAAGAUAUUACAUAAAUUUUUAUGAUAUACUUUACGAUUCGAAAGAUAAUAUCAUUAGGAAAAAAAGAAAUGAGACCUAGAUCGUUCAAGGAAUGAACACAAGAUUUGUGAUCUUCGCGACUUCUGUGACAAUCGAUGAUCAGAGAGGAGGGGGGGAAAAAAGCAUCGUCCUUGCAUAGAGCUAGUAUCGGGUAUAUAAAAGCUGGUAAAGUGAAGGAACGCAGAUGUUAGUGGUUUCUAAAAUCCACCGAUAUCGUCGCGAGUGCUACGAGGGAUGCCAUUUAAAGUGUUAGCGAGAGUGAUUGAUCUAUGGUGAUGAUGACCACUUGGAAAAUUGUGCCUCAGUCGCUGAUUUUCUGGCUAAUGAUUCUUGGCACGUGGCACUGCACCGGUGAAAAGUUAUCUCCCGAUCAAAAAGCACCUCUGUUCGCUCGAGGUUCUGGUGGAUUGAUCUUGAAUACACCCUUCGAGGACAAUAAAGCCAGGAAUCGUCCGAUUUCAAAUGUAAAUGCGCCGGUGGACAACGUGCAAAAAGAGGAAACGGAAAUGCUGAAAUUAGUGGACGGUGAACUAGUGCGAACUGUAAAAGGAAGCUUCUCAUAUAAAAGCCCCGAAGGUCUUCCCAUUUCUGUUAAAUACGAGGCCGAUGAAAAUGGAAAUAGAGCCAGCUUUAAGUUUGGUACAGGCGUCGCAAAUGGUGAUAAUCGUUCUUCCUCUAGUUCUAAAUCAGAAAAUGGACGUGGAGAUAAAAAUGGUCGUAGUUCGUAUCUACCACCAACGAAAAAAGAUGUUGAUAGAAGCUAUUUACCACCACAAUAGAAUUAUUAUUAGCUUCUUCCGAUUAUACUUCUAAUUCAGCUUUCAAUGCUUUAAUAUUUUGGAUAAAAAUAUUUUUUGUUGAUCUUAUAUUUCAAAAAGUAAAUUUUGAAUUAUAAAUUUUUUCUCACAAUUCAACAUCAUGAUCUCUUUUAACAAAAAUUUUAUCGAUAUUUCAUAUUCACACUUCUUAAUUAUUUUACAUAAUUUAUCGGUCAACGCAAUAACCUAGAUGCUUUUAAAGUAAGUCAGUGAUCCCAUUAUGAUCAUCUUAGAAUCAAUUAACUUUCAGAAAGAUCAUUGAUCAUUAAUGCAUUACUCGAAUAUUAUCUUUCUAUCAUAGAAAAUAUUUUCUAUUUGAGUAAUCGCAAAGUAGUUAGCAAGUAUUAAUGCAUUAUUGAAUAUAUUAAAUUUUUAUAAACUAAGAAAUAAAAUAUAUUUUUUCACAGA